GGCUUUGCUCUCAGUGGGUGGUUCAUUGUUCACUGGUGUUUACAUCGAGACACGGAGAAGUUUCUGAUAAGCAACAUGUCUGCCUCCAUAGUGAGAGCUACUGUAAAGGCGGUUAGCAGGCGAAAGAUUUUAUCAACGAGAGCUGCUUUGACGCUGACACCUUCAGCUGUAAAUAGAAUCAAGCUGCUGUUACAGAAUAAGCCCGAAUAUAUUGGACUCAAAGUUGGUGUACGGACCAGAGGAUGCAAUGGCCUCACUUACACACUCGACUAUACCAAGGAUAAGGAAAAAUCAGAUGAAGAGGUGGUACAGGACGGUGUGAGAAUUUUCAUUGAGAAGAAGGCUCAGUUGACCUUGUUGGGCACAGAGAUGGAUUUUGUCGAAACAAAACUCUCCAGCGAGUUUGUCUUUAACAACCCCAACAUCAAGGGAACAUGUGGUUGUGGGGAGAGCUUCAACAUUUAAACAACUUCCAGUCAUGUGUACUUUGCAGUAUACAUCACACACUCCCAUUCCCCGGUCAGAGACAAAGAACCACCACUUGUGGAGUUAAAGACUCAGACGUGAGAGAUGGAUGCAUUGGAGCUCAGCUCCCUGCGCUGCAACCAACUGAAAAUGAUCUUCACCACCACUGUUUAGUGAUUCGCAUUCAACUCAGUUUGUGUUUUCUUUAACUUAGAAUAUAAUGUAAAAGCUAAAUGAUGUACAAUAUGGGUCAGUAUUUAUUUUACAGAAAAUGAGGAAUGUUGGUAUGCAUUCGUUAUUCAGUUUUAGAAAUUUUUCUUGAUAUGUGUGAUGCUGAUUUCCCGGCUAAUAUGCCAGUAUGCUCAUAUGUCCUCAUUAUAAAAUAGAGCAUAGGGUGUGUGUGUGUGUGUUAGCGAGAAAGAGCGAGAACUCUUCCACUAAAGUUAUGCCAUGUUUUUGCAUUUGUUUGUUUUAUAAUCCAGUCAAUGUAUUUCACUGAACAUUGAUGCUAUGAAGUAGAACUUGUUGCAAAUGUCAAGCUGCACGCUCACUUAAAACUGCUCAGCAUAGCAUCUGGAACAUCCCUGUAUCGAGAGAGGAUGGGGUACAUUUAUUAGAAGCAGACGUGUGAGAAAUCAGCUAUUAAUUAUAAAGUGUAAGACUCAGGUGUUGAGUAUUGACGACUUUAAUAAAGUGUCCUUGAUGCUGAUCGAUCUAUAAAAUCUAGGGGGGAGGGGGAGUAAUAAACCUGUCUUUUAACGCACAAUAAAGCUCAUAUACGUAAAAAUA